AAAGAAAUGGGGUUCUUUCAGUUCCUGUGUCCCAUAAGCGCUAAAACUAGCCUCGACACCACAGAGCUCUCCAUACUCAUUCCACAUUUCCCUUCCAGUGAUUCUACUUCUCUCUCUCUCUCUCUCUCUCUCUCUCUCUCUCUCUCUCUCUCUCUCCAUCCACCUCUAUGGGUUUUCCAUCAAACGGCACCUCUGCAUCUGAUAAGCCAUUGAAAUUCCUCAUCUACGGUCGGACUGGGUGGAUUGGAGGACUGCUCGGUAAGCUCUGCGAAGCUCAGGGCAUCGACUUCGCCUACGGAUCGGGCCGACUCGAGAACCGAGCCUCCCUAGAGUCCGACCUCGCUACCGUACGCCCCACUCACGUCUUCAAUGCCGCCGGUGUCACUGGUCGCCCCAACGUCGACUGGUGCGAGUCCCACAAGGUCGAGACCAUCCGCACCAAUGUCGUCGGGACCCUGACCCUUGCCGAUGUUUGCAGAGAGAAAAGCUUGAUCUUGAUCAAUUAUGCCACUGGUUGCAUCUUCGAGUAUGAUCAGGACCAUCAGCUCGGUUCAGGUAUCGGAUUCAAGGAGGAAGAUGUCCCCAAUUUUAUUGGAUCCUUUUAUUCCAAGACCAAGGCCAUGGUGGAAGAUCUGCUCAAGAACUAUGAGAAUGUAUGCACCUUGCGAGUCAGGAUGCCCAUUUCAUCUGAUCUGUCUAACCCUCGCAACUUUAUCACGAAGAUCACUCGAUAUGAAAAGGUGGUCAACAUCCCCAAUUCAAUGACAAUCUUGGAUGAACUCCUCCCCAUAUCCAUUGAGAUGGCUAAGAGGAACCUCAUUGGAAUCUGGAAUUUCACCAACCCUGGAGUGGUUAGCCAUAAUGAGAUCCUGGAGAUGUAUCGAGACUACAUUGACCCCAACUUUGUGUGGAAAAACUUUACCCUGGAGGAACAGGCAAAGGUGAUUGUUGCCCCAAGGAGCAAUAAUGAGUUGGAUGCCACCAAAUUGAAGAAGGAAUUCCCUGAACUUUUACCUAUCAAAGAGUCUCUCAUAAGGUAUGUGUUCAAGCCAAAUCAGAAGAUCUCUGCAGCUUGAAAAGUUUUAGAUUAUGUUCAUUGGAGCUUUGGGUAUUACUGUAAGUGGGUAAGAAGUGUUGGACUUUGGUUCUCUCUGUGUAGUGGUCCAUCUUCUGCACCCCAUUGUAUGUCUGAUAACUCCUAGUUCAUAUUUGAAUGGUGUAUUCUUAUCAACACAUGAAUAAAUUAGUUUGUAAGAGGUUGUUAAGUUGCUUAUUUUAUUAGUUUGUUAUCUGCCUUC